AUAACCUUAACAUAUAGACCCCUUCACGGUUCACGUCACAGGCUGUUCCCACUGCGCAUGUCGGGGUCAGAAAAGUCAUUACAGCAGAUUGAGUUGCGUAUUAUUCGGUAUCGUCAAAAAUGCCUACUUACGUCGUGGGCUGUGAAAAUCGCACCAGGUCUGCCGUUAAGUUUUCGCGAUUCAUGCAGAAUCUCAAAAACAAAAAAAUACAACAUCUGCGUCUGCAAGCAAUUAACGUGCAGACUGGGACAAUGCAAAGAUCAAAGAGGCUUGUGUUUGUAGUGCUCACUUCAUUUGAGAUGGCCACAUUUGAAGAUGCUCAGGAGGACCUGGAGGGACUUAGGGAAUCAAAUGAUCUUCCAUCAGCGAUAAACAUGAUCAGAGAUUUCCUGAAUCUGCAAAAUUUUGAAGAGCUUAAUGUUGGUGUGACAGGGAAGUCUGGAUCUGGAAAGUCCACCUUUGUCAAUGCUUUCAGGGGUUUAGGGGAUGACGAUGAGGGCGCCGCUGUUACGGGUGUAGUGAAGACCACUAAAGAUCCCAAGGUUUACCUUCACCCAAAAUACAAUAAUGUUAAAGUGUGGGAUCUCCCUGCAAUAAGAACACGACGGUUCAAAGCCAGCAAGUACCUUCAACAGGUUCAAUUUGAACGCUAUGAUUUUUUUAUCAUCAUUGCUUCAAAUCGAUUCAAAAAAUGUCACACCAAGCUGGCCAAAGAGAUCAUGAGAAUGGGGAAGAAGUUUUACUUUGUUCGUUCCAAGAUUGACUGUACCAUUACUGCUAAAAAGAAGAAAAAGAACUUUGAUCUGAAAAAGAAGCUGGAUACCAUCCGAGAGGAUUGUAAAAAUGGGCUAAAAAAGAUGGGCAUUGAGAAACCUGAUGUCUUCUUGAUGUCUGGUCUGAAGAUGGGCAAGUAUGAUUUCAAUCUGCUGCAUGAGAUGAUAGAGAAAGAGCUUCCACAACAUAAGAGACACGUGCUGAUUUUGGCUUUGCCAAAUAUCACACUGGAGAUUAAUGAGAGAAAGAAGAAAGCUCUGGAGAAAAACAUUUCCAAUGUUGCCUUCCUAUCUGUUUGUAUGACCGCGAUUCCUGUUCGCGGUCUUUCGAUUGCAGUAAAUUUAGGCAUCAUAGUAGCUGAGUUAAAAAAAUACUACAGUACCUUUGGUCUGGAUGAUAAAUAUGGGAAGAAGGUAGAGAAGCUGAAGAAUCUGAUGAUGUCACCUCUACAUAAUGGAAUAAACACAAAUUUAAUAACAGACUUGCUGAGUGCUGAAUCUCUUCUAGUAUUAAGAGAUGCUGUUAAUUUUGUUUUGAGCCUUAUACCCAUUGUACGCUCUUUAGUGAUGGGGGGAAUGUCUUAUUUGACUGUCUUAAAUAUGCUGAAGAGAGCACUCAAUGAUAUAGCAGAAGAUGCCAAGAAGGUGCUAAUGGUUUCUUUGGAGUGUGAAAUGUAAAUGCCUUUGAAUUAAACAGCUUUAUAUCAACACAGUUAAAAGAUACCAAAAUGUAUACAAAUUAAUUGUAUAAAUGUUUACACUUUUUACAGUCUCAAUUAUUAGAAAAAACACAGCCACACAUAUUUUUGUAUAUAGCAAUGAUUGUUUAUAACAAUUUCAGUAGCAGUUGUUGAAACAAAAUAAUUUCCUUACUGCUAAUACUAUUUGUAUGCUAAUAGUGAUCCGAGUCAGAAGUUGAACAUUAUUUUAGAGAACCACAAAAUGUAUGUAUAUUACACAAUAUAUAUGGAGGCUUGAUAAUCACAUCUCUUAUUUAGACUUUAGAUAUAUAUGUCUUUUUGAUCUUGAAUCUUCUUUCUAAAUUGUGUUGAUGAUCAUUUUCAGAGGUUAUGAUCUGGGUCAAUGUAAGACCAGCAAAAUUAUUCUUUGAUUUCAUAAUGCUACACCAAUAGAGAAAUGUUGCUAUAUGUGUAUAUAUACUUUAAAACCUUCUUCAGAACGCUUUUGAUUUCACAGACAGCUGGCACAUUGUUAUACUGAAGCUAGCCAAACAAUUUCAGGUCAGAAGUAUAUGUCAGAAGACUCAGUGCAAGUAGUCUAUCAGUCAUAAAUAAAAAGUGUCAAAAUAUAUGUUGAACACUGUCUCAGAUGGCCAUAAUGCAAAUGCACAAUUCUGACAAUUGAAAACACUGUUUUAAAGUAACGUGCCAUUAAAAUACCAAUGUUACAAAAGUGAGGCAGUAGCAGCUGUGUAGAGUAGUUACCGUGGUUAUCCGGGACAUAAAUAAGGAAGAUCUGUAUACUUCACUUCUGUUUGAUGUUUAAUGUCUGUGUAUGUUUUUAUAAGUGGAAGAAAAUAGACAGAAAAGUGAUCUAGAUUAACAUGGCUUUUAAUCCUCAAAUACACAAGUUUCGUGAUUAUUGUCACAUCUGGUUUCAGAUUUUUAAUAAUUAUUUUCUCUUAUUUUAAUUUGGGUAAUAUUUAUCAAGAUUAGAAAAUAAUAAUUAUUUGUAUUAAAAUCAUUUAAAGCUUACAGAAAAUACUACAGCUGCAAAAAAAGAGUGGUGACAGCAACAUCUAGUGGAAGAUUUGUGCAUAUCCAUUGUUCUUUGUAUUGCUUUUAAUAUUUAAUUGUACAUUUUUAAAAAUGUAAAGCUGUACUAAUGUAUUCUACCCAGCAGCAAAAA